AUGGAGAAGGCAACAAACAACACUGCUGAGUAUGAAGGACUACUUGCCGGUCUCAGGAUUGCAGCAGACCUUGGAAUCGGAAUUAUCAUUAGAGGCGACUCACAGUUGGUUGUGAAGCAAGUUAACAAAGAUUAUCAUAGCCCGUUGAUGGAAACAUAUGUUGACGAAGUGAGAAAAUUGGAAGAGCACUUUGAUGGAUUGCAAACAAAGCACAUUCCUCGUGCAGAGAAUAGCAUAGCUGAUGAUCUAUCAAAGCGUGACGCACUCAAGCUACCUGUGGAACCAGGAACUUUUGUGCUCCAUUUGACUCAGCCAUCUGUAACACCAUCAACAUGGCAGAACAAGAGAAGAAAGUUGAACACCGGCAAGUACUUUCCUACCGAGCUCACAGAAGCUGCCGACAACGAUAUUGCCGGGAACAAGGACAAGCUUGCCGGUGAGCAGCAAGCUCCGGCAGGAACUCGAGUUCUUGCCAUUGAAGCUAGCGCUCCUGCAGCCGAUGAUAUGCCUUUAGUCCUUGUUGUCGAGCCACAAGCUCUGGCAUGGGCACAACAGAUAGUCCUGUUCCUUCAAAUAGGACAACUUCCUGAAGAUCAAGAAGAAGCUGAAAGAGUAUCCCAUCAGUCUAGUAUGUAUCAGUUUGUAGGCAACAAUCUAUACAGAAAGAGACCAAAUGGGGUGAAAUUGAAGUGCAUUUAUCGGGAAGACGAACAGAAGCUUUUGGCGGAGAUACAUGGAGGCAUAUGUGGCUCUCACAUAGGAUCAAGGGCCCUUGUCAGCAAAGCAUUUCGGCAAGGCUUCUAUUGGCCCACUGCCCUCCAGGAUGCAACUGAGCUAGUAACCAAAUGUGGAGCAUGCCAGUUUCACUCGAAGCAAUCACAUCAGCCAACUCAAGCUCUUUAG